UUGUGGAAAACAAAACCCAGGCUGAUCCUCCGCAGUGUUGAUGAGGCUUUGCUUGAUGGCAGCUCAGCAGGAAUUGUCUGAGGAAUCCAGAUGUUCAUCUGCAACCGUGAACACUACGGUUUCCUUCCCAUGCCCCUGAAAUCGCAGCAGACACUGCAAGAAGAAACUGAGAACUUUGUGCACACGCUAAUCGAAGCUAUGAUCGAUCGUCCUCCCAUUGAACCCUCUCAGUAUGUCUCUGUUCCUCCAAAGCACCCUGACAAGAUGGGAUUUGACGAAAUUUUCAUGAUCAAUCUGAAGCGUCGGAAAGACAGGCGGGAUCGGAUGCUGCGGACUCUCUAUGAGCAGGAGAUCUCGGUCAAGAUAGUGGAGGCUGUGGAUGGAAAAGCACUUAACACGAGUCAGCUCAAAGCUCUCAGCAUCGAUAUGCUCCCAGGAUACCGGGACCCAUACUCUUCCAGGCCACUAACCAGAGGAGAGAUUGGCUGCUUCCUUAGUCACUAUUACAUCUGGAAGGAGGUGGUGAACAGAGAACUGGAGAAGACGCUUGUUAUUGAGGACGAUGUGCGCUUUGAACACCAGUUUAAGAGGAAGCUCAUGAAGCUGAUGGGUGACAUUCAACAAGCCCAGCUAGACUGGGAGCUUAUCUACAUUGGCCGGAAAAGGAUGCGGGUGCAAGAGCCUGAGAAAGCCGUUCCCAAUGUCAUGAAUUUGGUGGAAGCUGAUUACUCGUACUGGACCCUGGGGUACGCAAUCUCUUUCCAAGGGGCUCAGAAACUCAUCGGAGCUGAGCCUUUCAGCAAGAUGCUGCCUGUAGAUGAAUUUCUGCCAGUCAUGUACAACAAGCACCCUGUAGCAAAGUACAUGGAGUACUAUGAGUCCAGAGACUUGAAGGCCUUUUCAGCAGAACCCCUGCUUGUUUACCCCACGCACUACACGGGGCAGCCAGGCUACCUCAGCGACACAGAGACCUCUACAAUCUGGGACAACGAGACUGUGUCAACAGACUGGGACAGAACACACUCCUGGAAAUCUCGUCAGCAAGGCAAGAUGCACAGCGAUGCCCAGCACAAGGAUGCUCUGCCUUCCCAGUCAUCUCUCAACGCGCCAUCCUCCAGGGAUGAGCUAUGACUGCCCGCUUCCCCUGGGACUCUGUUGACAGCUGAACCUGCCUCACACUUUAGCUUUUCACCCUUGAAAGUUGUAGAGCAGCUCUUCACGUGGCCUCCUUCCCUCUGCUUUCAAUGGCAAAGCACAGUGGUUGGACCUGCUGACUAACCAAGCCGCUUAAGACUGGGUGGGAGGUGAAGGAGGAAAAGGAACAAGUGUUCCAGAGUGGCAGAAAAAAGGCAGAGAUGUGAACAAAAGCCCUCACAAGCUUUUGUGAAAAAAUCCCAACCUUGAAUGACAUCUUUCUACAGUUCUUCAUGCAGAACACUGUAUUUAUAAAGAUUAAUAUAUAGAGGUGUACAAGUGUUAAUACCUUUCUGGAUAGCUGUAACUGGGCUGCUGUGUAACUACAACUCCUUGUAAGUUUGCAGGCUUUUAUAGCCCUGUUCACUGAGAGAAACUGCAGGCAAGCAUUUGGGUUAUUUGGUUUUGGUUUUGAAACGAAUCCCUGUCAGAAUCAAGAUGGUUUCCAGAAACGCUGAGUGCUCUGGAGCAGCGCUCCUCUGUAGCCUCUUCUCCCUUAUUGCAUCUCAAAAGAAAACCGUUGCUGCUUCGCCUCCGCAGACUUCAAAACUUGCUAGAUCCCAUCUAAACAGGCCUCCCAGCCCAGAACCGAUGUCUUGGCGUGUCUAAAAUCUUGGAAGCUGGAUGGGAAAGUGCAGGUUGCUGGCUUUCUCUCCGCCCUGCCUGAAGGGAGCACAGGUGGAGUUAGUCCGUGUCAUGUCCUGCUUCCUUCCCCCAUCUCUAAAAGCUCAAUUUAUUUCUUCAGGAAAACAAAGCCUGAUGACCUAUUUGCCGGCCUGUUUAAUUAGGCCAUAAAGCCAAGCGCAGGACUUCUAGGAACUUAAAAUCUAAACAGUUUGUUUACAAACUGCUUGACACUAUCCUUAUAAAAACAAAACAACCUACAGAAAUGUUAGUGUUGUCACCCGUACUGUUCUCAACAGCCGUGAUAGAAUUGUGCACUACAGGGCUAUUAGGCACAGACCUCAAGCUACAGGCUGCUGUUGCAGUGGCUGGGUUGGUUGGUUUGGUUGGGUUUUGGUGGUGGUGGUGCUUAUUUUUUUUUAUCUGUUUUUAAUAAUUAGUGAUCAGUGUUGUGCUUUCUGCUAAAGAAGACAUGUUCUUACCUGUCAGCCGGUCUGAUAAUACAUAGAACCUGGUGCAAGA